ACUGUUCUCUCAUGACAUUCUCUGUAUGUUCCUGUUUCAUUCGAUCGUCAUGCGGGUUUAUAUUUUCUUCGGUUUGAUAUGUGCAAUUAUUGGAGAAGAGCUGAAGGAAUCUCCACUGAAAGGGAGUAUAGACGAUAUUCAAGAUGUCAUGCUACUUGAGUUUGGACUUGACGGACCAAGUCAUAGCAUCAUUCGUAAAAUUCGACAGUCAGAGCAAUCUCGUGACUAUGAUACAUAUAUGGGGCUUUAUGCAACUAUACAAGCUCCACAGCGAAGUGCAUCCAUAAACAACAGGCCAGAAUAUCGUGAAUUUUACACAAGCGGCAAUGAAGAAGAGGAACGCCCCAUCAAUCAAUAUCGACAACAGAAAUUUUCAUACGAUGAGCCUAACUCUCCAACCGAAUUUUCAUCUAAUCUACCUAAAAUAAAUAUUCAAAAUCAAUUACCUGCCCACAUUUCAGCAAGUAUGUUGCCUAUUUCAAGAAAUCAAGCAUACGCUCUAGUCUAUAAUGAUCCAAAUUUAGAGAAAACUUUAAAAUCAUAUUUUUCGAUAUCUCUAAAUGAUAAACAAACUACAGGUAAUAUUUUAUCAUCCAAAAAAUUAGAACGAACCGAUUAUUCCAACGCAAGAUAUUCCGGAAUCCAAAAUUCACCAACUGAAUCAUAUCAAGACAAUUCAGAGUACGGCCAAUACCACGUUGAAUUAACAGCACCAAAACAUGUGCACCAUUCUCCUCAGUACCAGUUACAGAAUCUAGCAAAUCAUCAACCAGUGCCAUUCGUGAAGACUCCUCCUACUCCAUACAUACCACAAUCACAAUAUGUGAAAUCUAAUGCCGGCUCUAGCAAAAUUCAAUCAGAAGAAAAUUUGGUAUCUGCUGCUCAAGCUCAAGCAGAAGCUCAAGCAUUAGCAUUCCAAAAAUUUUCUCAUUCUGCUCACUUGGAGCAUCAACGAGCUGCACUUGACCAGAUUCGUCUCGGAAUAGAGCGACAUGAACAACAAACUGCCCUCGAUCAAAUCAAUCAUGGUGAUGUUAGUGAGGCUGGUAGAGAACACAUUGAAAAAAACUCAAAAUUUUUAGAUCCUCAGUCAGUUCAGAAAGCGCAACUAAUAAAUCACUUAUCGGAAAAAAUCGCAGAGACUCGAAAGAACCAAGAAGCUACGGAAUAUAAAGCACAUUCUGAUGCAAUUAUUGCUCUUCAAAAACAACAGGCAGCUCAUCUUAAGGCUCAAGAAGAUGCUCAUAUUUUUGCUCUUAACUUCGAAAGAAAUCAAGUAAAUGCACAAGCGAGAGCACAAGAACUUGCUAAUGCUCAAGCAGCAAUUUUAUACAAGGCUCAUCGUGCAGCUCACGUCAAAGCCCAGAAUGAAGCAACGCAUGUGGCUCGUGCGCAAGCUGAAGCAAGAUACCGAGACCCAGAGCAUACUCCUGUUAUUCAAUAUCUCUUACCCGAAAGAAAGUCUUAUCCUGAAUUGCGCAGUAGUUUAACUCAACCGAUAUCCCAUAAAAAUUAAACUUCUACAAUAUAACCAGAUGAAAUUUAGACUUCAUUGAAUAAACAUAGAAUCGAUUUUAAUACCAAGUUGAUUUCUAUAUGGGAAUUAA